AUGAUUGGAGGCGAAAAAAUGGAGUCCAGCCACCACCACCACCCGUCCGGAGGUGAAAAAAUUCGUGGUGAGGGAGGCGGCGGCGGUGAGAGCGGAGAGAAUUCGGGCGGCGAUGAUGCAGACCCGAAAAAAAAGAAGCGCCAGCGGCGGCAGCGAACCCAUUUUACGAGCCAGCAGCUCCAAGAGUUGGAAGCCACUUUUUCACGCAACAGGUAUCCGGACAUGUCGACGAGGGAAGAAAUAGCCAUGUGGACAAACCUCACCGAAGCAAGAGUAAGGGUGUGGUUCAAGAACCGGCGUGCCAAGUGGCGGAAGCGGGAGCGGAACGCGGCCGCCGAGCUGAAGAACGGUUUCGGCAGCCAGUUCAACGGCCUGAUGCAGCCCUUCGACGACGGCCUCUAUCCGGGCUACUCGUCCGGCUACAACUGGGCGGCCAAGGUGCCCAGCCCCCUGGGCGGAAAGAGCUUCCCUUGGCCGUCGCUCAAUUCCGUCAAUCCCCUCGGACAGUGCUUCAACCCCUCCACGCCGCCCGGAAUUUCCGGUGCCAGCAUAGUGCCAUCCGUCAGCAUGGCGGCGGGGGCCAGCACGGCGGGGCCCCCCUGCCCCUAUGCCGCCCCCACGCCCCCCUACGUGUACCGGGAACAGUGCCCCACCAUGACCUCCAGCAUAGCGUCGCUACGGCUCAAGGCCAAGCAACACACUGCUGCCGGAUUCGGGACUUACGCCGGGACAGUGUCCCCCAGACAGACUCCUACGUUGUCCCCGUGUCAAUAUGCCGCAGCGGAAAGGCCGGCCGUUUAG